CCUUCCAAGAUAAGAUUCUUUUCUCUCUCCAAAUGUGGAAGAAAUUGAGGAUCAAAAUGGAGAGAAAUCUAUCCUUAAUUAUAAGCUAUCUAUCAUCCAUGAUUUUCAAUUCGAAUCUCAUCUUCUGCACAUCCUUCUUCUGCUUUCUCGCGCUUCUACUAUGUUCAUCCACGCUCAAAAACCAAAAACCGCCGUUUCCCGAUUUUUCUUCAAUCUUAUCUUCAAAUCGGUUCGAUAAGGAAGUCUUGGAGGCUUUGAAAUCGAAUCCUGAUCGAUUUUUUGAUCGGCGGCCAGAAUUUUCAAAUUUCGAAUUCCAAAAUUUCCCCCCUACUACCGAAUUCAACUUCUCUAAAACCCUUCCGCCCGAUACUUUUUAGUUUUUGAUCCGCGAGUUGUGUUGUUUCUCUAUACAAUCGAUCGAUGUCAGAGUCUAAGAUGAAGAGAGCGUCGAUCGGUUCUCGUAAAUCCGCCAUUGUUCAUGAAGAAUCGGAAGCAAGGCGUAAAUAUCAAAUUCUGCUGCAAGAUUUCUUGGAAGUCCAGAAGGAUUUUGUUUCGAAGAAGAGAAAAUUGCAGGUUCUAAGACAGAGGAAGGAGACUCUUGGAGCAGAAGUUAGAUUUUUGAGACAAAGGCUCGAAUAUCUGCAGAAGUUGCAGAAUCGUAAACAUGAUUCAAUUUCAGAGGACCUGCCCAUGGUUUUGGAAACGAAGCAGAAUCUGGAUGGUGUGGAAGAGGAGAAGUUUCAGAAUAAGGCCUUAGGCAUCAACAAAAUGGUGGGAAAAAUUAAAACUUUAGGGCAAGCGCGAGAUAUUAACUCGGUUCCUUCGUGAUUGGGUGGUGGUUUUCGUAAAUUUGUUCAUCAACCACACUCUUCCAUGAUAAUGUAGGAUCCAACCCAGUUCUUUG